GGCGCCCUGUGUUUGUUACCUUAUGUGUACCUUAUAUGUGUUUUGUGUUAUUUUGGUUGGAAGGAUCAAACGGUUUUUGAGGCUGCGCUGUUGUGAUUUAUCUUAAAUGAUGUUGGAUCCUAAGAGUAACUGUUAAAGUCAAGUGGCUUUUAUUGUCAUUCCAACCAUGUGCAGUGUUACAGUACAGAGUGAAACGAGACCGUGCGUGUUCCUCCGACACCCUGGUGUUACAUAUGACAUAUAACUGAUGAACACAGGACUACUUAAAGUGCAACAAAACGAGACGAGACAGAUACAAGACAAGAAAUGUGCAAAAUACUGAUCAUUGUGCAAAAAGUAACUUGGUGUCUAUUGAUGUGUGUGUGAGAUACUGCAGAUAAGUGCUUGGUAGUAACGUGUGCGAAGGUGUGUGUGUCAUUCCAGUCACUGAGUGUUCAGGAGUCUGACGGCCUGGGGGAAGAAACUGUGUCACAGUCUGGCACUGAGGGCCCGGAUGCUUCGGUACCUCUUUCCAGAAGGCAGCAGGGUGAAGAGUGUGUGAGGGGGGUGUGGGGUCCUCCACGAUGCUGGUGGCUUUGCAGAUGCAGUGGGUGCGAUAGGUGUCUGUGAUGGAGGGAAGAGAGGCUCCAAUGAUCUCUUCAGCUGCUCUCACUAUCCGUUGUACGGUAUUCCGAUCCGAUACGGUGCAGUUACCAUACAGACAGUGAUCCAACAAAUGCAACCAAUGGUGAGCCAUGCCGCUGGUGAAGCGAAUCAUCGAGCCUCGGUACCUGUGCCGCGGCUCUCUGCCUGAUGGGGUCGCCAGUGAGCUGGAGUGCGUCACCAACAGCACGCUGGCUGCGGUCAUCAAACAGCUGGGAGGACUCAGUCGCCAUGCGGAAGACAUUUUUGGCGAGCUGUUCACCGAGGCUAACAGCUUCUACCUGAGAAUGAACAGCCUGCAGGAGAGAGUGGACCUGCUGGCCGUGAAGGUCACUCAGCUGGAUUCCACCGUGGAGGAAGUCUCGCUGCAGGACAUCAAUAUGCGGAAAGCUUUUAGAAGCAGUACCAUUCAGGACCAGCAGGUGGUGUCACGGAGCUCCAUCCCUAAUCCAGCGCUGGAGAUGUACCAACGCUGUGACAAGCCACCACCCCUCAACAUCCUGACAGCCUACAGGGACGACAAGAAGGAUGGUCUGAAGUUCUACACCGACCCAUCGUACUUCUUCAACCUGUGGAAGGAAAAGAUGCUGCAGGCCACCGAGAACAAACGCAAGGAGAAGAGACGGCAGAAGGAGCAGAGACAUGUGGAGGAGUCCUCAGGGCGGGAGGUGAAGAAGGUCCGGAAAGCGCGAAACAGGCGGCAGGAGUGGAACCUGAUGGCUUAUGACAAGGAGCUCCGCCCAGAUGCUCGAGUCACGCCAUCACCUCACCAUACAUCUGACAGCUCAGCGUCACCCGACAGGUCAGGGAUGUCAGAUGACCUCUCCUUCCCGGCCAGUCCUCACCACGAUGGGCGUGAUAGAAAAGAUCAUGCUGACAUGGCGACCAGUGGGUCUGGGCAAACUCAGUCAUUGGACCGUGCCCUCAGACCCACCUCCGCAGUAUCCGCGGCAACCGCUCGGCAGCACUCUCUGGGCCGCAACCAGCCGCAUCAGCAUCAGCAUCGCCCACAGCCGCUCACUGGCCCAGCCAAUCAGAACGGAGCACGUUCCAACAUGGCAAAGGAGGCCAAUGACCAUCAAAUCCCUCCGGCCCCUCCACCGCCUCCACCUCUCAUGCCAUCAGCAGGACAGGUGGUGUUUCCAAACAGCUCCAUCCACACUGCUGCUAUGGCAACACCAUUGCACCCUACAGCUGUGCCUGGUAACCAAGGUGGCACUGCUGCCCAGCCCCACCCUUAUAGCCCCUCCCCUCCACCACCACCCCCAGCUAACUACAUCCCCUCCCCCUCCCGUCCUAGUGGCCAAGCUCCCUCCUCUGCUGCUGCGCCCCCGGUGCCCCCGGCGGCAGAUGGCAGGAAGCCAGCCGCUGGACUGAACGUGCCAAUGAAUGACGCCCGCAGUGACCUCCUCGCCGCUAUCCGCAGAGGGAUCCAGCUGAGGAAGGUUCAGGAGCAGCGCGAGCAGGAAGAGGCCAAGAAACGAGAGCCGACAGGAAACGACGUUGCCACCAUCUUGUCACGACGUAUCGCCGUGGAAUACAGCGAAUCAGAGGAGGAGUCUGAGCCUGAGGACCAGGAGUGGUCCGACUAAGGAGGAGGAAGAGAGCGCCUGACAGGAAGAGACUCGUCAGAGAGCCGAAGCUUCUUUGUUGUUUUCCUGUUUGAUGUUAAUGAGUCGGCGUGGCGUCCAAUGGCGUUUUAUGAACCUGCUGAUGGUGACACGCAGAAACUUUAUUGACAGCAGCAGGUUUAACAGACGUUCCUCAGAAAAUGAACCCUUGGCACAGCGCCCCCCUCAGGACGCCGACCGUCUAUGUGUUCGUGAUGAAACAAAAGUUGACCUGGAUUUAUGUAUCACUUUGCUGCUUGCACAUCAAAUGUCAUCAUUUUCAAUUUAUCAGAACUUUUAAAAAUACAUUUUCAGUUUUUAAUAUUUUUGUUUUAUUUUGUUUAUAUUUUAUUGUUCAUAUUCUUUAUAUUUGUUGCUUUAGUUUUUAUAUUUCUUUUAUUUCUUCUGUUAUGAUGCAUCUUGUCCUACAGUGUGAGAUGCAAUGUGAUGACAUCAUAGUAACUACUGACAUCAUGCAUAAUCAUCCCUGCUGCUGCUGAUGUGCCGUGUGGAGAGGGGGCGUGUCCUCCCUGUCCUGUACCAUGUGUGAUUGGCUGUUCGUGCUGUGCUGUGUUUCUGUGACCUGCAUGUGGGUGAAAAAAAACUGAAAAUAGAACAAAAGUUAUAGAUAAAAUCAAGAGUUGAUUUUUGUGCUUUAUUUCAAUCAUUAAAUAUUUAAAGUCUCUUUUUAAAACUUGU